AAAUCCAUUUGCAUUUCUCAACAGGUAAAAGUACUGUAUCUGGUUCUGAGACCUUCACUGCAGUAAAGAUUCUCCUUCCCUGGACUUGGUCCAGGGAGGGGGAACACAGCUGAUGCAGAGUCUAGAGUGAGCUGAGACACGGUCACUGUCACGACUUAUCCACCCACAACAUCCUUCAGAAUGGAUUCUGGAUUCCCGAAGAGAGAGGUGCUGGCUCGUCCUCUAAGGCCGAAAGACCCUGAGAAGCCCAAGCGUCUGACCAUCUUUGACUUCAGGGAGGUGGGUCUCAGGCUCAGGAAGAAGCCGGACAGCCCUCAGGAGACAAAACUGCCCAAGAUUCUCUGGCCCCUGGGCACAAGUGAGAACUCCAGGUACAAGUUCUCAUCACCUGACCGGAACAAGACCUUGCUUGAGCCUGUCCCAUCCGAGCUGGUGUUUCAGAACUAUGUCCUUGGCAAAGCCUGUGAAACGCCCCUGCUUCUGAGCAAUAGAGACAAGUAA